AUGCCUCAUCAGCUUGCAGAUUUACCCGACGACGUCCUUUUCCUCAUCUUUGCCAGUCUUGACUGCGCCCGCGAUUUUCGCGCCGUUGGGCUUUCCUGCCGCCGGCUCCAGCAUCUCGUUGAGAACGACGGGUGGCGCAUUUUCGUCAGAAACAGUUUCCCGUCUCUUUUGGUCCCAUCUCCGGCCACGGGAAAUCACACAUGGCGGCAUUUGGCUGAAUCUCUAACCUGGCAGAGCCGGUGCUGGGACCGACGAGCAAUCCAGUUCCAGGCGCUGCUCCCUCGGCGCGAGCAUCAGAGACAAGACCGGGGUCAUGGCCGAGCCAUCGGCUCGUUCAUGGCGGUGGUAGAUGCCACGUUCGACCCUACUUCACAACGAGAACUCGUGGUCUGGGGGGGUGGGGAAGACGUGGUCGCCCGCUACCGGGAACGCCGAGGGCAUGGACAAGUCUCGAAAACAUCGUGGCAUAGGCUGAAGGGCAACGAAUUUGGUCUCCGCAACGGGUAUGACGAUGUGAAGGCCCUCAAGGUUGUGAAGCACGGUGGUAAACAGGCCAUCAUCACCGGCCGGUAUAGCGGCGAACUAUCGCUGAUAUCCGCCGAGCCUGACGACUUCGGCAAACAGAUCGCACAUUUUGGGCCCCUUACCGACCAAAACAUUACAUUUCAGCAACUUGCGGCAUCGGAUGCGAUCAACUCGUUGGAUGUGUUCAACGGUAGCAACGGCCCCCGUGUUGCAGCAGCAGCCAAGACCACUCUAAGAAUGUACGAUAUCCCACAGGAGAGUGCUGCCGAGAUACCUCCCAUAGAAACCUACGACUUGAAGGAGGGUGGGGCUUUGACCUCCGGUCAAACCAGGCUCGGGUGCGCGAAGUGGAUGGAGAAUGGCGAUUCACUUGCCUUGGCCUUGGUUGGAGCCAAGAAUCCAUUGCGUUAUCUCACUCGCACUCCGACGGGGUGGUCUCUCUCCGCGGCGGCUAAGAAUGAGAGGGUUGAGAAAGAAUUCAACGCCAAAUUUCAGCGUAACGUCGCCCUCAGCGCGCUGGAGCCUGUUAACCUUCAUUCUGGCGCGAAGGGGGGGACAAGCCUCCUCCUAAGCUCAUGGAGGGAUGGUACUAUCAGGCUCCAAGAUCUUCGCACCCCUUCGGCCUUCGACACCAUCUAUCAGAACAACGUCGAUCCUUGGUUGACUGCCGAUUCACUCAUGGCUUACGGCACGGAGAGGUUCAUAACAGGUGGCGGAAGCCAGCUCGCCAUCCAAAUAUUCGAUUUCCGCUGGAGCAAAAGCUAUUACCACACGACAGGCCUUCCAUGUCGCAAUGUCGAACCUUUCCCGAGGCCACACCAACCUUUCAUGAAGCCCCCCUUCCUUACCCCAACUACCAAUCGAUCCCGCUGCAACCACGUCCGCGGCCUGCCAUGCCACUGGCACAACCUCUCACAGGACAUCUACUACCGCCCCAACUCGAGAAUGUUUGUCUCCGGCUCACUCCGGCCCCAUGCCGGCCCAGGCGGCAUCUGGUCGCUCGCCCGCCCAUCUGACGUCUCGCCUCACUUUUAUAUGGGCGUCUCCGACGGCGUGAUUGAAGCCUGCCUCGAACAAACCUCCGAGAACAGCCACCUCGCCUGGGCGACGAACGAUACCAACUUUGGUGUCAGCGAUUGGCACACGGCACCGGACCCGGAGACUGGGUAUCGUGUAAGGAAGCUUGUGCCAGCGCUGAUGGAGACGGGGGACGGGUAUUCGUACGCCAACAAUGAUCGAUCGAUUCUCUUACCGGGGUUGAAUAAAUAUCACGGGCCCAAGGAGCGGAGGGUAGAUCUAGGGGCGUGGGCGAGCCAUCAUCGGUUGGAUCAAGGGUAUCAGCUGCCUGGCGAUGCUGAAAAAGAGAAGUUUGGGGCCAUCAGGUGA